AUGGCUUCAACUGAUCCAGAACUAAAGGAUGGAUUUACACUUCCCGUUUGGAUGAAAAGUAAACCCACCAAGGAGUUUGAACCAUUUGCCUCAUCCCCGCCGGCUCUAGAGGAUUCCUUCUAUAUCCGCUAUCCGAAAACAGACGUUUUGCUCGGCAAUACAAAGUUCGGUAACGAACUUCCGAAAGUCGUAACAGAAGAACAAAAAGAUUUGACAGCGGCAUACAAUAUCAUCAAAGAAAAAGAUUGGUCGAAACACACCAAACCUUGUCAGGACGUUCUACACGGCAUUGCUCCUAUAAAUACAGCUGAUAAAUCUUCAAACGUCAAGACCAAGCCAGCUGGUACGGAUGAUGGAUUCAAAGGCGAAGGCGCGGCGUGUGGUAGCUCUGUUGUCAAGAUAUUCGAAAAUUUCAAUCCUGUCCGCAAUACGGAAGAUAAGGUCGCACACCAGAUGAUACAAACACGUUCGCCGAGAGGCUUCACAGUAGCGACUCCGCUUGACGAAGGCGCGCCGGAGCCUAUGUCCAGAGCAUUCGCGCGUCGCGGCAGCAAGAGUCUCCCGGCCACGCCCGCGCACUCGCCCCCAUCCAGCCCCAAUAGCAAGAAGAAGAUGAAUGUUAAUCGUUUCUUCACAUCUCCGUUCGAGCCUGUUGAAGAUACAAACAACAGAUCAUGGCUCUCAAUCGCACUUCUUGGCUUCAAAAAGGACCUCACUACUUCUACUUCUACUUUGGCAGAGGAAGAAAUAUUUGAAAAUAGAUUACAAGUUGGCUCCUUAGCAGAGUCAGUUGAAAAUCUGGGGCCGGCUCCUAAAAUGGAAUCAAAAGACAUAUCGCACGGAAGUUCAAGUCAAGAACCAAAACUUUCUAAACCAGCCCACACUUUCCGCCCGAAGCCUUCAGAAUUAAGGGAAAUGAAUUUCUGGUCACCAACAUCUAUG